CAUACACAACACACACACAGAGUUACAUUCUCCCUUCGCUUUAGAAAACAGAAAAGAAGGGUCGGCGGCGAGCGAGAGAGAGAAAGCGAGAAGCCAUUGGAGUUGCUGGUGGUCGACUCUCUCAAGUCAACUCAGUUAUCAGAGCGAGAAAUCGGAAACUGAAACCGAAAAAUGUCGGGCGUAACAAACCAGGAGGAGGACAAGAAACCCACCGAUCAGUCGGCCCACAUCAACCUCAAAGUCAAGGGCCAGGAUGGAAAUGAGGUAUUUUUCAGGAUCAAGAGGAGCACUCAACUGAAGAAGCUUAUGAAUGCUUAUUGUGAUCGCCAGUCGGUGGAGCUGAACUCAAUUGCAUUUUUAUUUGAUGGCCGCCGUCUCCGAGCAGAGCAGACUCCAGAUGAGCUGGAAAUGGAGGAUGGAGACGAGAUAGACGCCAUGCUGCACCAAACAGGAGGUGCUGUUGCCUAGUUUGUCAGGUCGUUUCUCUAGCAGGAGAGAGAUAUAAAUAGACUAGCAUAUCUAGAGUACAGUGUUUGGAACUGUAAUCAUCAAUUAUCUACUGAACAACAGGCCUUUUCUGAAUUAUGAUGUGGGAUAUGCCUUGUUAAUUUCAUGGUGUUAUUUUGGUUA